AUGCCUCCCAAGAAGGCCGUCAAGGAGGAGAAGAUCCUGCUGGGCAGGCCGGGUAAUAGCUUGAAGAGUGGAAUCGUCGGUCUUGCCAAUGUUGGUAAAUCGACGCUUUUCCAAGCUAUCACCAAGUGCUCGCUAGGAAACCCCGCCAACUUCCCUUUCGCAACAAUUGACCCCGAGGAAUCGCGAGUCAUCGUCCCAGAUGACAGAUAUGACUGGCUGUGUGAAAAAUACAAUCCCAAGUCGCGAGUCCCCGCACAUCUAACCAUCUAUGAUAUUGCUGGCUUGACUCGAGGUGCCUCGAGUGGUGCUGGUCUGGGAAACGCCUUCUUGUCUCACAUCCGUGCCGUCGAUGCCAUAUUUCAAGUCGUUCGUUGUUUCGAUGAUGCAGAGAUCAUCCACAUUGAAGGAGAUGUCGACCCAGUCCGAGAUUUAGAGAUCAUCAGCGAUGAGCUGCGAAUCAAGGAUAUUGAGUUCACUGAGAAAGCACUAGAGAACUCGAAGAAGCUGACUCGGAGAGGUGGUCAGUCUCUAGAGAUGAAGAAGCUUAAGGAAGAAGAAGCUUGUAUUGAGAAGGUCUUGAAGCUGUUGCAAGAUGGUGGAGACGUCCGGAAAGGUGAAUGGACUGUUAAAGAGAUCGAGUUCAUCAACCCCCUUUUCCUCUUGACAGCUAAGCCAGUCGUCUAUCUCAUCAACCUGAGCGAGAAAGAUUACAUCCGUAAAAAGAACAAGCAUCUCGGCAAGGUCAUGGAAUGGAUCAAAGAGCAUGCAGCCGGUGACCCCAUCAUGCCCAUCUCCAUUUGUCUUGAGGAACGUCUCACACGCUUCGAGACCGAGGAUGAAGUCAAGGCCGAGCUCAAGACCCUUGGUGUCGAGUCCGCUCUCCCUAAGAUUAUCACCAGCAUGCGUAAAGUAUUGAACCUGGGCAGUUUCUUCACAACCGGCACAGAUGAAGUCAGACAAUGGACGAUUAGAAAUGGCACCAAGGCACCUCAAGCUGCAGGUGUUAUUCACGGAGAUUUCGAGAAGACUUUCAUCCAGGCUAUUGUGUAUAACUUUGCUUCGCUGAAAGAAAUGGGUGACGAGUCGGAGGUCAAGGCGAAGGGCAAAGUUAUGACGAAAGGAAAGGAUUACGUCGUAGAAGAUGGAGAUAUCCUAUUGAUAAAGGCUGGAGCUGCCAAAGGAUAA